AUGGGUCGGCUCGACCGGAGUGAUACCACGGCCACACAGAAAACCGGCGUGAAACAACCUCAGCGUUGUGUUUCGCCAUAGCCAUCACUGACACAUCAGUGUGAUAAACAGAAGAUCGUAUUAUUGGGAGACGGGAAUAUAGGGGAGACUUCCCACUUCAGCUGGCUCGGCUUGUUCAAAGUAUCGCUUGACAAUGGAGAUGGGGUCAAGGAAGCAAUAACUGGCAUCGUGCUCAUAAAGCCCAAGUAUGUGCUCGCCAAUGCAGACGACAUUGCCAGGAUACCAAAGAAAAUUUUCUUAGAGGAGAGUAGAGCCAUGUUCUUAUCGAGAGAUGGCGUGCCAGUGUACUAUAGGCCGCUCUCCUUCGUCACUCACCCAGAGUACGACACCGCUGUGUACAGCUCCAUUGCCGUCGUCAAACUCGCUGUACCGAACAUUAGUCCGCUGACUCCAAUAUGCUUCUCGAACACGAUGUACGACACUGGUGGACUUCACCUCUUUGGAUAUACAGACGAUAACGAUAAAUUGGAGAAAAUUGUUUACAAGAUCCAAUCGCUGGAGAACCAGCAGUGUGACCAGUUCUACAAGAAAGAGGGCCUGGUAGACCCGCGGCGUGAGCCUCAGUCGUUCGUAUGUGGAAUGCACCAGCACAGCAAAGCGCCCUGCAUCUGGGAGAACGGCUUAGUACUGGCCGCCAACACCACUGGCUGGUUCACAUUCAUUGGGUUCAGCCUGCACGGACCGGGGUGUGGGGUGCCAGCUCGCUUUGUCUUCAUGCUGCACUACUUCUCUUGGAUCGAGUCGGUGACUCACGAAGAGAGCGCCAGGCGAGCUGGCGACGACGACGUCGAAGUACAUAUGCAUGGAAUCACAUCAGUCAUCAACCCUCCCUCAGAGUCGUCGAGUGUGUUCGUCUUCAGACACGACUACCUCACUUGGCCAGAUUUCUACGAUCCAACAAAAUUAAAAUAUUUUACCAUCGAACCUUCCUACGAGGACAAACAUGCGAUCGCUAUAUACCCGUUCGAAACAACGCAGGAGAUGUACCACAAGGCGUGCAAGUCGCCUCGAAUGCUCAUGUAUCAAGAGAAUUUUUUACUGAGUGGCUCCCAGUCCGUCUCCGGUACCGUCACAUACAGAGUGGAAUGUGCAAAUCGGUCGGAGGCUUUCCUAACACUAAGGGAUGAAAUCAAUUUCACUUCAGAAGACUUGGACAAGUCGCCUAAUGAAGUUUUCAGAGUGUAUCCCAUCGAACCAUUACAUGAAGAAAACAACAAAUAUCCACCCGGUGGAUAUGGACCCCAAGAUAACUAUGAUUACUAUGGACCCGGAGGUAGGUAUGAUCGACCUCGUCCUGGUAGACCCAUGGAUAUACAUGAUUACUAUGGACCGCACGGUAAACCCAGAGAUCGUCCUGGUGACUAUGGACCUGUUAGAAACCAGGAUAUAUAUGAUUACUAUGGACCUGCUGGACCCAGCGUUAGACCUAUAUACUAUAGACGUGGUGGAAAGCCUAUUGCUCGAUAUCGAUUAGAACCUGGUAGUAGACAUCAUCACUAUGGACCUGGUGGUAGACCUGAUCACUAUGGACCUGGUGGUAGACCUGGUCAUUAUGGGCCUGGUGGUAGACCUGAGCACUAUGGGUAUGGUGGUAGACCUGAUCACUAUGGACCUGGUGGUAGACCUAGUCACUAUGGGCCUGGUGGUAGACCUGAGCACUAUGGGUAUGGUGGUAGACCUGAUCACUAUGGACCUGGUGGUAGACCUGGCCACUAUGGUCCCGGUGGUAGACCUGAUCACUAUGGGCAUGGUGGUAGACCUGAUCACUAUGGACCUGGUGGUAGACCUGGACAUUAUGGGCCUGGUGGUAGACCUGAGCACUAUGGGUAUGGUGGUAGACCUGAUCACUAUGGACCUGGUGGUAGACCUGGUCGCUAUGGGCCUGGUGGUAGACCUGAUCACUAUGGGUAUGGUGGUAGACCUGAUCACUAUGGACCUGGUGGUAGACCUGGCCAAUAUGGAACCGGUGGUAGACCUGAUCACUAUGGGCAUGGUGGUAGACCUGAUCACUACAGACCUGGUCACCAAGGAUAUGGUAGUAGUCCUGAGUACUAUGAGCGUGGUAGUAGACCUGGCCAAUAUGGAACCGGUGGUAGACCUGAUCACUACGGACCUGGUGGUAGACCCAGAGAUAGAUAUGAUUCCUACAAACAAGAUCAUAAACCCCAAAAUAAAUAUGAUUACGACGCAGAUUCUGGAAUCGAUGAGCGCAUAGGCGAUGACAGAUAUGGCAUAGGAACAGGUGGUAAACCUACUGAUAAAUAUGGUAACUACCCAAGACCAGGCGAAUCUCACGAUAAAUAUGGCAACUAUGGACCUGAUUCUGAACCUAAUGCAUUUAAAGUCGUGGAUUCAGCUAACUUUGGACCGCGUAUACAUUAUCCUAUACAGGAUGGAAGAUACCGAGUUACACCAAAACGAUAUGGUGAACCUCACAAAUAUGAGGAAGUAGAAGUUGGUGGGCUUGGAUUGGGAGCUAUGCCUCGAGUCCCAAAUAGAGACCGUUGGGAUUGGGAAGAUAAUCGAGCAGGUGCUACAAAUAGUACUUUACUAGUCGAUCGACUCCAGGUGCAAUACUUGCAUGGGGGACCGCCUACUGGUAAGGUGCUGAGUUAUGAUCUGUACAUACGAUUAGAGUUUCAUGGCAAGGCAGUGCUUAAUUUUAAGAUGUUCGGAGAGCCUCCAUUAUACGGACCUAAGCUCCCCAAAAAGACUACUGUUGCACCUGAUGUUUUAAGUAUGGCCGAGUAUAUAUAUUUGUCAAAAUUUGAUCAAGAAUCCAAGUCUGGUACAUUUGUAAAACAAGCAGUUCGCCGUAAAGGAGUUGGUGUGGAAAAACUUGGUGGCGAUGAUGAAUAUACAGAAACCAACUAUCCAGACUUCGAGGAUUACGACGGCCUUCCUAUGAGGUCGUAUGAAGGUACAGGCCAAUCGUUGCAACAACAGAAAGUUUAUGGGAAACCAGAAGAAGACUUUUUGCAAAAUGAAGUGGUCUACGAGCAUGAAACGGUGAGCGCGGCUUGGCGGCAUGAAACAGGCACGGUGCUCGCGUGCACCAUUAUUCUUCUUAUGAUUGGUUUCAUUGAUAAGUUAAUAGAGUACUACGUCCAAUUGGAAUAG